UUCAAUGAGUUGGCCACCAAGUGUGUGGAAGUGCGUGUGAGAAGAGGGCCUUCAUGCUCCCUCUCACCUCCUCGCCACCCAUGAAGGGCAGACACACACUCUUUCUCUCACACACACAAACACACACACGACACCCGGUUUGUGUGACGUGGUUUUGAAGCAAGGGGAGCCUGCUGCUGGGGAGGAAAGACUGGCAACUCAGCUCUGUCUGAUGGCAGCUGAAGGAACAGCAGAGGAGUGUGGGUAAGAUGAGACAGACAAGCGGUCUCUCUCUCCCUCUCUCUCUCUUCACGUGCUGGCCACCCGCACUCUCGUAUUGCUGUUUCUUGCACAGAGGCACCAUGGGGAACGUAGUCCAGUGCUGUCACGCACUGUCAAAAUACUUUAAGAGCAAGGAUGCUCAAGCCUGGGGUGAGGCGGAAAGAUCCCCCCUGCUAUCCAGCGAAGAGAGCGAAUGUGAGUCGCCCGGCAUGCCGGACGACUCGGAGGACGACUCGGAGGACGAUCUGUCGACCGUCUCCCCCGGCGGGAAAAACCCCGCCUUGGAACCAGAGCACUUCCUGUUUCCUGACAUCAUUCUAAGCAGCAACCCGGGAGGGGAUCUGACUCUGGUGGAGCCGAUGGUGUGUCUGCUGGUGUCUGAGGAGGAGGAGGAGGGAGUGAGGGUGGGUGAGCCAAGAGACGAAGGACAAGAGUGGACCAACAGGUGGAGGAACAAGGGCUUUUCGGAGGUUCAGACACAGACCGAAGUGGAGACACGGAUUGGCAUGGGGGUGCAGACUCAGACAGAGUUUGUGGAUAGAGAAGUAAACACUCUAAGAUCUACUGGAACUUUGAAAGAGGUGGUUGUGCAAGAACAUGGAAUAUUGAGACAGGUGGUGGUGCUCUCGGAGGAACAAGACAAAAGGACAGACUGUGGAAUCUGGGCUGAUGUGGACGUUUUUGAGAGAAACCAACUGGCCUUCAGAGAUAUAGCCGAGGAAGCUGAACAAAAACAGCUGAGCAGCACCAUCAGCACUGAAGUUGUGGAGAGCUUGGACCUGACUCCACAGAGCUGUCUGGCUAAUGAACAGUCGGGGCAGCCGACGGCGGUGAAGGACCGGAGUGUCAAUCCCCCCAAAAGAAACACAAAGCCGGCCGGCGAGCCAGAAGAACAGUCAGAUCUGAACGCAGAGCCCCGUGGCGGCAAUAAGAGCGCUCCGCCACUCGAGGAUGAGGACGAGGAGACAAAGCAGACCCGGUUUCUAGUCGACAGGCGGUUCGUGGCAGCACCACAUGUUCAGGAAAGCCCCGAGCAUGAUGGGAUUCAGUGUGAAGCUGAUGAAACCAAACUCCGCAUCAGGGAAACCAUCGCUCUCCAAGAGGCAAACUUUACUCUCCGAAUUCAACCUCUUGGGAAAGAAAGUUUUGAGCUACAGGUGUCAGGCCAGAUGUUGGUGGCCGAGCUGCACCAGGUGCUGAUGGAUCACGAGAUCAGCUGCCAUUGCACGUGCUUCUCCCUCCAGCUGGGAGGCGUCGCACUCGACGGCCUGGCGGAGCUGCGCUGCGUUCAGGGCAUGCAGGACGCAGCGCUGGUCAAAGUGGUGGAGGAUCCCUACACCGUGCGGGACGCUCGUCUUCAUCUCAGACAUGUUCGUGACCUUCUGAGGAGCCUCAACCCAGCAGAUGCAUACAACGGAGUGAACUGCAGCUCACUCUCUUACCUCACCUUUUACACCAGGGGAGACAAAGACUGUGACAAUGUUGGGAGUAGGCGAGCCUUUGAAAAGGAGUCUGCGGGCCUCAGCCCUCCAGAACACAUCCUCCCGGGAUGUAAGGACCGACCACUGACUCCGCUGCAGCCACUCAGCGACGACUGGAAGCCAUUGCAGUGCCUGCGGGUUCUGACCAUGAGCAGCUGGAACCCUCCUCCAGGAAACAGGAAGAUGCACGGGGACUUAAUGUACCUCAAUGUCCUGACUAUGGAGGACAAGGAACUCAACAUCACAUCCUCUACACGUGGCUUCUACCUCAACCAGUCUACUUCCUUCAACUUCAACCCUAAACCUGCACUACCCAAAAUCCUCUGCCACUCUCUAGUUGAGCUGCUGAGUCAAGUCAGCCCUGCCUUCAGGAAAACCUUCAGCGCCCUGCAGAAAAAGAGAGUCCAGCAACACCCUUAUGAGCGGAUCGCAGCACCUUUUCAGGUGUUCACCUGGAUCGCCCGUCAUGGAGACCACACCCAUGACUGCGUCAGAGCGGAGGAGACACACACCAGUCGCAUGGGCCAGGACGAGCACACAGCUGGGCAGAGUCGGGACUGGAAUGAGGAGCUGCAGGCAUGCAGGGAACUCGCUAGAAACUCCCUUCAGAAGCGUCUGCACAGAGAGAGGAGCGUGUUCAGGACAAACCGCGACUUUGUUGCCGCUGCAACGCAAGGUGCUGUAGCUGUGAUCGACGGUAGCGUCAUGCCGCUAAACCCCGGGGAGGCGCCUCACAUGCAGAUGUUCAUUUGGAACAACCUGUUCUUCAGCCUUGGUUUCGACAUAUCUGAGCACUACAGCCCACUAGGGGGCAACACUGCGGCUCACGCUGCUGCCAUUUGUGACCUGAGGGGAGCACAGGCUUACGCAUCUGUAGACGUAGAAGGUCUUUACACGCUCGGGACGGCCGUGGUAGAUUAUCGGGGCGUCCGUGUAAUCGCUCAGACCAUCGUUCCCGGAAUACUAGAGAAAAAUCAGGAGCAGAGUGUUGUCUACGGCUCCAAUGACUACGGGAAAAACGUGUUUACUCAUCGCAGGUUGCUGGAGCUUCUGGAUAAGACCAGUAAGCCGCUAAGAAUCCAACGUCACCAGGUGCUCGACCACAACAACAUCCCAGUGGAGCUUUGCUCUGGCAUCGAGACCAAAGGCAUCCUGGGUAAUGACGGAAGACCUUACAUCUUGGACCUCCUCCGGACCUUCCCCCCUGACCCCAACUUCCAGUUCCAAGAGACAGAGGAGAGGAAGGAGGUGCCGAAGGAGUGCCAGAUCUCUGGUUACCCACGGCGACACCGUCACAGCCUGGCCAGCCUGAGACCAGAGCUGAUCGAGGCCUUCGUCCAGCACAGGUAUAAAGAUUAUGUCAAGAUGAUGUCCAUCCAAACAGAAGAAGAAGCAGUAGAGCGGAGCGAAAACCUAGUCAGUGAGCCGAGAAAUAACGCCACACUCGGUGCUGAUAUGGAAUUUCGGAGAGGAAAUCUGAUUAUGGAAGCUUGCGAGGCCGUCGGAUCAGUGAGUGACUCUUGCUUCGACAUCCGCUUCAACCCUGAUGUUUUCUCUCCAGGUGUUCGUUUCCCCUCUGAGUGUGUCGAGGAGGUUCGGAGGCAGAGGCGGUUGUUGUGGGACGUAGCUGCUUUUCUCCUGUCCAAUCAGAUCCCAGCGGUGCUGAGCGACUGUCUCGACUACUCUGCAGUGCCGAUGGAUGGAGGGACCCUGACCGCAGCGCUACAUGAGCGGGGUGUGAACGUGCGAUACCUGGGCACCCUACUGAGGGAGCUGGACAAGGUGGAGGAUACAGGGAGACUCGACCACAUCCAGAGAAUAUCCAUCAGCGAAGUCAUCACCAGAAGUGCAAAACACAUCUUCAGGACGUAUCUACAGAACGUGGAACCUGCAGCUUUCUCUGCUGCUGUCAGUCACUUCUUAAACUGCCUCCUGAGCUCCUCCUCCUACGCCACCGACUCCUGCUCGGAUGAGCUGCUCUCUCGCCGCAGGAGCCGACGGCGCCGGAGCAACGGGAGUCGAGUCGCCUUGUUGGCGGACAGCGUGUGGGCCAGACUGACCCCCAGUGAACUGUGGGGCCGAAUCAGGACCGAGGCUGGAGAGUAUUACCACUACACGAUAGACAGUGAAAGUAUAGAUGAAGUGAUACAAAAGCACAGCCUUCAGAGGAUCUCACUACUGAGAGAGAUUGCCAUCAAGACCGGCAUCCAGGUGCAGCUGAGGGAGUACGUGUUCGACUCUCGUCACAGGCCGGUCUUUGCUAAAGAAGACGUUGUCAACAUCUUCCCUGUGGUCAAACAUCUCAAAGCCACAGCAACAGACGCCACGCGGCUUGUGCAACACGCACAGGUGGCGGUACAGCAGGGUCUUCUCAAAGAAGGCCAUGGAUUGAUCAGCCAGGCCCUGACUCUGUUCAGCAGCGUAUGCGGUGUCCUGCAUGAGGACGUGUGCAGCUGCUUUCGUCUCCUGGGACGGAUCUGCUACAUGAUGGGGGAGUAUGCGGAUGCUCUCAGCCAUCAGGAAAAGGCUGUCAUGAGUAGUGAGAGGACACGAGGUAUUGACCACCCACAGACCAUACAAGACUAUACUCACCUGGCCCUGUACUGCUUUGCUGGUGGCCGGCAUUCGACCUCCCUUCAGCUGCUGUAUCGCGCUCGGUACCUCACCCUGCUUGUGACGGGAGAAGACCAUCCACAAGUCGCCCUGCUGGAUAGUAUGCUGGGUCUAGUGCUUCAUGGCCUCAGGGAGGAUGGGUUUUCCCUGAAGUUCCUACAGAAUGCCCUAAUGUCAACUGCAAAAUACCACGGUGCCACAUCCCUGAAACGUGCACAAAGCCAUCAUCUUCUUGCCACCGUGUACGAGAGCAAAGGAGAGUUUCGAUUGGCUCUGCAACACGAGGAAGAGGCCUUCUCGAUAUAUAAGAGCCAGGUGGGGGAGAACCAUGACAGUGCGAAGGAAAGCUCAAAGUACCUGAAGAGCCUCACUCAUCAGAAAGUCAUCAACCACAUUGACAGUAACACACCUGCCGGUAUUUCACCUCCAAAGGUUCCCACACCAAGCUUUAAUACGAUCCUUCAGCAGCUCAACCUGGCAUGUGGAAUCAUUGUCGUUACCCUCAGAUGAGCGCUUGCAAAAGAACGUGCAGACCUGAGGACGGAAGUGAAAGGAAUGGAAAAAGUUCAGUGGGAGAGCUGGAAAAAGACGUAAGAACCACAGACAACAACCCUGGAACUACGGACCGAAGAAAUGGUUACAAUAGAGCGUCUGUGUAUCAGUCCAACUCCUGCAACAAAUCCAAGCCAUGAACAGAUGAAGUAGGCUCCCUUCGAAGGAGCAGUUGUUCUGUCGUUGUCUGUGGAGGAGCGAAGAGCCUUAAGUCACAAGCUCUUAAAAUAUGUGCAAUCCAUGUAUUAAUAACACAUAAUAACAUAUGUCAACUAUUUUCCUUUUUAUCAGAUAAAUGAAUAUAAGCUCCACACUAAAUCUAAUCAUACUGCUAGAUGAAUAAAGAAGCACAGUAGUUUUCUUAACAAUGUGCCCCCCCCCUUGUAGUCCCCUGUGUGUCCACUGGGCUUCACAAUAGUGCCGUGGACACUUCUCACAACAUGAUAUCCUAAGAUUCAACUCAAUUGUUUCGGAUGUGUUUCGAGUUAUUGUUUAAUUCAUGUUGUUUUUAUUGAUAACCGAAAGACUGUAGAGAAAUAAACAUCUGAGUAUCUUAUGUCUUUAUUUUAAUAGAAGAAGACAUUUUAACGGUACAUUAAUAGCUGCCUAAACUGGAAUGUAGAGCAUUACACUUUGAAUGUAUUGUUAUUAAAAGUUCAAAUAUUGUUGA